AUGUAACGCUUCUCUAAUCGAAGAGGGUCUUAUUAUAUUGGUAAGCUCCACUUUUAAUGAUAUUCAACACUAGUUAUAUUACAUCGUGUUCCACUUUUUAAAUAUAAACGGACUUCAUUAUAUUGGUAGGUUCCACCUCUAAUCAUAUUCAACGAGUGGAUAUGUGAUUGAUGAUUUGAUGAUGUAUGUAUUUAUAUUAUAUAAAUAUAUAUAAUAUACACUUGUUUAGAAAUUAUUUGUAACAACAAAAUCAAAGAGAAGAUGACCACGUCAUCACCACCCCCGCCAACCGCCCCUUCAUCGACCAAUCCCUCGCCGAUACCUCAUUGGCCGCCGCCACCGUGGUCGACAUCCCUUUCCCUCAAAACACAGUCCCCGGAAUCCCCGUUGGCAUCGAAGGCACCGACAAGCUCCCUUCCCUAGACCUCUUCUUUCCCUUCACCAUCUCCACCGAGCACAUGCAACUCGACUUCGAGAAGACCCUCCAGACGCUUCCACGUGUCAGCUUCUUGGUCUCCGACUCCUUCUUCUGGUGGACCGUCGACUCCGCCGCCAAGUUCGGCUUCCCCAGAUUCGUCUUCUACGGUUUCGCUAACUUCCCCAUGGCGGUGGGCAAAGUCGUCGCCGAGAACCGGCUCCUGGAGGGGCCCGAGUCGGACACCGAGUUAAUCACGGUGACUCAGUUUCCUUGGAUCAAAAUUACUAAAAGGGACUUCCACGAAUCUUUUAGAGACAGUAGCGCUGAUGCUGCUCAACACGAAGCCUUUGAGUUCAACAUGAGACGUGUGGUGGCAACCGUCCGUAGCUUCGGCAUGAUCGUCAACAGUUUCUAUGAGCUCGAGCCAGUCUUCACCGACUACUGGAACACUGAGUGUGGCCCCAGGGCCUGGUGUGUGAAAGGACAAGAUAAAUUUCGUAUUAUAUAUUUCGCUUAACGUUUCCUAUUGAAAAUCAGACAAGGUGGUGGUGAUAGAUACUGUACAGGACGAGCCACGAGUGGCAUGUGGGAUAGGGCAAAUGCCGAAAGUCAAGUGUAUGGCUAUGAAUAAAACUGACUCAACUCAUCAUAUUAUCUUCCAGUGCAUAUAAAAACGAAUAUUUAUCAGUGAAAAAGGAAAAAGACAGAACGAAACCACAGAUGACAGGUCUAUGGUUUGAUAUUUGUUUUGUCGACUAUUGGAAUUGGCACUGUGUUCGUGCACCCAACGGCUGGUUUAUUGGGUUGGGUUCAUGCAAAAGCUCACAUGGUGCAAGGAAGAUAAGUUUUGUACAUUUUCUUUGGGCCUCAAGAAGAUUAUUUCAAUUUCCACAACACACAGAAAUAAUAAUGGGCUGGAGAAAGCAAGGGUGAACUGCCUCUUUGUAGCCUUGUAGGUUAAAACCAAGAAUGAGUCAGAGCAACAUAUGGGG